CAGCCUCUCGCGAGAUCAGGGGCUUAUAAAGGCCGUGCUGGGCGCACCACCGUCGCGUUCUCGUGCUCUCCUUCACGUGUUCGCUGCUCUUCGGAAUUUGCCUGCGGAGCCCAGCUGUUACUGUCAACAUGUCCGCGGGAAAUGCCAAGAUUGGGCACCCAGCCCCGAAUUUCAAAGCUACAGCUGUUAUGCCAGAUCAGCAGUUCAAAGACAUCAGCCUUUCUGACUACAAAGGGAAAUACGUUGUGUUGUUCUUCUACCCCUUGGACUUCACCUUUGUGUGCCCCACGGAGAUUAUUGCAUUCAGUGAUCGAGCUGAAGAAUUUAAGAAACUCAACUGCCAAGUGAUUGGUGCUUCAGUGGAUUCACACUUCUGUCACCUUGCCUGGGUCAACACGGUCAAGAAGAAUGGUGGCCUGGGAGCUGUGAAUAUCCCAUUGUUGUCUGACCCCAAACGAACCAUUGCUGAAGAUUAUGGGGUCUUAAAGGCAGAUGAGGGAAUUUCAUUCAGGGGUCUCUUCAUCAUCGACGAGAAGGGGAUCCUUCGCCAGAUCACCAUCAAUGACCUUCCCGUGGGCCGAUCUGUAGAUGAAACUCUUCGGCUUGUCCAGGCCUUCCAGUUCACAGACAAGUAUGGCGAAGUGUGCCCUGCUGGCUGGAAACCGGGGAGUGACACCAUCAAGCCUGAUGUUCAGGGGAGUAAGGAAUACUUCUCCAAGCAGUAGUGAGCCACUCUCUGCAGCCAUGGACAUCCCCCCACAGGGCCUGCAGACUCACUAGCUACUGUUUGCAGGACAAAUGUGCUUGAUCUUCCCCAAGCUUUAAACUGGAGGCCUUUGUAGUGGGAACCCAAAUAGUGUGGGGUAGCUGGGCAUAUGCCCUCUCAUGGGGCCUGAUCCAUUCAGAUCACUCCUUCCUCCCCCGGGCAGCAGCUAGCCGCUAAGCCUGUCAGUUCUCUCUUUCUCACUCCAGUGACCAAGUGCUGUGUUAACAACGUUUGUACCAUAGUCACUCCUUUGGGCUUGAGCCCAUCUGAUGUUUUGUAGCUCUAUUAAACUUGUCCUAAGAAAACA